ACCGCAAAAGAUUCGUCCGCGCGUCUACGAGUCCCUAAACUAGGCUUGCGUUCCGAAGCGUUUUCUCCAAGGGAUGUAAAAAGUUUUUUCCCCGGAGAUUUUGGAACGUGAGCAGAUUCGCGCCGUUGGAAACGCGCCCAACAGCUUGGCAAUGUCCAGUUUUCCACCAGUAUAGAUCGGCUUCGAUCCUCGAUUUACCUACCGUGUUACUCUACCUCUUUCCAAUUGUUAGAACUGAAAAGAAACCGGUGGAAAAGGAUCCGCGAAACGACUGUUGCUCGCGUGUGUGUGCUCCGCAAGCCUCGUCGCGCUCUGCGCACGGGAACGAAAGGCAAGAGUGGUCGAUAACGUCGCAUCGUCGCACGCGCCUUGCACAAACACAACAGCGUCCAGCCUAUGAUAUCGACGGCAGAGCAUUGGCAGCAGCAGCAGCAGCAGCAGCAUCAUCAUCCGCAAGACUCGUAGACUCGCUUCAGCCCUCGUUCGCGGCCUGGUUCCUGUCGUCCCGAGCGCUCGCUCGUCUCCAGGGGGUGGACGACGCGUUAACCGCCUCGAGAAGGGCUCGUCGGCCUCCCAGAAGCCAGCCGCGCGCGCGGGUGAGGCGGGACACCCCGAUGCUCGCGUCCGCCGCGGCAGCCGACGGAGACGACGUACGUGCCCGGGAUCGCGAGCCCCGCGCGACCAACGUUCCGGGAACGUCGAGGGCCGACGACGACGACGGGGACGGCGUCUCCUAUGUGCCAUCUUCGCGUGGACGCCGCACGAUCACGCAAUCAUGGACGUUGACUGCCCUCUCGUUAGCCUGAAGCGAUCCAGCAGCGCGCCGAUGAUUAACGAGAUCAGCGCGACCAUGUCCAUCACCACGCCGUCGACAUCGUCGUCGAGGGAUGCUGUGUCUACCUUUAAUAUAUUUGCUAAUUCAACUCGCCUACGACGCUUUAGUACCAGUAGCCCUGGUAAUGUUCCUAGAUUGACGCCACGCGUAAGUCAGUUAAGACAGGAGGAAUGCGUGGACGUCGCCGGCCGGGAAGCGGCACACGAGAAGGAGAUUCAUAGUGCCAUGCAGAUAUCGCAAUCAUGGGAGGACCUCACCUUGGAGGCGGAAGGAUUGUCGUUUAAGGACUCGGAGUCGCCCACGCAGCAGCUUAACAAAAUGGACCGGCCGAAGAGGCCGUUGGAUCCCCUAAGUUUGAAUCUGUCUAUCACCGGCUCACCGCUGUGUUCUUCACCUUCCCCUACGAGAUCCGGAUUUAAUCAAAGACAGUGUUACUCUCCUGGUAUUCACAUCUGGAAGAAUAAUCUGUCUCCUAGUCCUACGAGAAAGGCGUUUGCCACUAGGCGCAGUUUGAGUCCUAUCGCGAUAAGGCCAAGUUGUUUGGGGCCAGUCAAAAGAAAAUUCGAACUAGACGAGGCUGGAAUGGAUCACAACUUGCAACCGCCAGCGAAACGCACCUCUGGUUUAUUGACGUCGGUUGUAUCCAGAUUGGAUGCACUGUCCAGCCCGCUUCCAGGAACUAUCAGCUCUGUGGGCACCCCCGAGUCGUUAUCGAGCGCGGACUCGCCUAGUUUCUCCUUCCGACCGGUGGACAGUCCGUCGCCGGUUCGCGUAGGUCCGAGUAGUGACAGCGAUUCCCUAUCGGACGCGAGCAAUCAAAGCAAAUCGAUGGAUCAAGUCCGUGCCGAGCAGAUCAGCCAGGACAAUCACAGAUGAACAUGAAAGAUUGCCGGACACGCGAGAGACUGGAGAUUCGACGCGUCAUCACAUUGAUUCUUCUCGGCGUAUCGACGUAAGGGAGGAGGUACUUGCGUCUCGCACCGAAUUGAAAAGUCGCGCGAGCGUGUCUUUCUCGUCGGUCUCGUUCGUCGAACAAAGGACACAGUUGUGCGACACGAAUCGCUUGAAACUUUAGUGCAAGUGCGAACAUUAAGUUUAGAAGAGAGGUAUCUUCUACAUGUGAGUCUCUAAUACUUUUUCGAUGUACGAGUAAGCGUAGCGCCAACAGUGUUCUCUCCCCCUAAUUAAUCACACAUAUCGGCGGAAGACGCUUUACACGCCUUCGUAUCGUUCCGUUAGAUUUAUUCCGGAAUCAAGUAUUUGUGCCCUCCGACUGGAAUGAUUUCUUCUUCGUUUUUCCCUCUUUAAGUAGCUAUAUACAAGGAUUCUGUAUGUAUCGAUUAAUGUGUACACGAUAAUGCCCCCUUUCCCGCUCUAUUCGACGACCCUUGUUAUCUAUUUUUAAUGUUUGAUGAGUGAUGUUUUGGGCAUUGGAUAAUAAUCUCUAUCCAGUGACUUUUAUCGUGCGUAAUUUAUAAUUGAAAUUAUUUGUUGUAUAGACGAUCAAGGUUGCGUCCCGCGUUUAAUCACGUCGGUUUCGUAGUGCUGUACAGACUCGAUUUAAUACCAAUGUCUUUAAUCUCUUUUCUAUUAUUAUAUUAUUUCCAUAGCCGAUAUACCGAUGGGACUCCAAGUUUCGUCUCGAUGAGUUAAGCUCUGCGUUGACGCAAUUUAAAGACUCGUAUUCUUAGCGUAACAGUCAGCGUUAAUAAAUGCUAGCGAAAGAUUCUCAAGUUUUCUCUUAGAAAAAUAUAUUCGAGUUGACGAUGAUAACGCCGGUAGCGCUGUAUCUGAAAAGUGGAGUAGAAAUACUCCAACAUGCUUCUGAGUCAUUUUUAGGGAAACGAGAAUAUGUCGCAUAUAUCCUCACACUCGAAGGUCUCUCUGCUCGUCUGCGCGAGGAAAAACCCGCAAAUAUUCUUCUUCCCAGCUUUCGACGCUGUCAGGUUGCCAGGAAACGUAUUUAUGGUCGGAUGAAACUCGAGUACCAGCGUGUAUCGAGCAUUAGUAAUGUAUGUACAUAUACGCAAGAAUGCCGCUAUAAUUCACGAGAUAACGAUCUUGUCCUACGUAUAAAUAAUAAUAUAUAGAUACGCGUUCUAGAUUUUUCCGAAUAAUAUCGCGCAACUGGCUCCACUUCUCUCUCUGACGCUUUGUUCGCGAAUAACGACGCCACGUAGACUCCGCCGCUGAAUCUUCCCUUUACUUAAACCAAAGCAUAAGUAUUAAGUUGAAGCUCAUAUUACAUUUAAUAACUAUCAUUGUCCUUUUCUUCUGCUUUCGUUUCCGUCGGCUUGCGCCGAAAUCGCUCGGGCUCGCCCUUGUGUUUCCUGACGGAACGCGUCUCUCUAAAAGCUACGCAACAUUUUACCAAGCGUGUGAUGAUUUUUCGGAUGAAUGGAGCAUUCCGAGCGAUCUCGAUCGAGCAUUACCUGUGAAAUAUAUGUGUUUUGUACGAAUAUAAUAUAAAUAGUAACGGCACGUAUUUACAUCUGUAUCAAGUGUCAGGUUUCACGAGAGGAGAGAGAGAGAGAGAGAGAGAGAGUGUGUGUGUGACUCGAUCGAUGAUGCUACGAGAAUCUGAUUGUGCCAGAAAAUACUAGUAAUAUGCGCAGAAAGGAUUGUUUAGAUCUUGUAUGCGUUUUAGCGUGUAUCUUCCGAACUUCCGCUCCCGCCUGUUAAUAAAUUGAUGAUAGA